UCGCGUUUGGCUUCAUUUGACGUAAACACAGGUGAGUCGUCAUAGAUGUAAUCUGACACAGCCUUACAGCAAAAUCAAGUCUUUCUAGAUUGUCAAACGAAGACCGAGCUUUGCCUUGUGAUUCCAGUGAAGUACUAACAGCUCACAUUAUAAGCCUCUGAAUCCUAAAAAGGAUUAACAUCCUGGUAUGAGUAAGACAUCUGUUUGGGGUGGCAGACAUGAACUGGUUGUCCUUGAAGGUCUUGCUUGGUGGGGUUAGCCAAUACUCUACAGUCUUUGGCCGUGUCUGGCUCUCUGUGGUGUUUGUCUUCCGGAUCCUGGUGUUUGUGGUGGCUGUUCAGCAGGUGUGGAACGAUGAACAAAAAGACUUCAUCUGCAACACCGCCCAGCCGGGUUGCGCUAACGUUUGCUAUGACAACUUUUUCCCCAUCUCCCACAUCCGUCUGUGGGCCCUCCAGAUCAUUUUUGUCACUUGCCCGUCUCUCAUGGUGGUCGCUCACGUCAAGUAUCGUGAAAUGAAGGAUCAAAGGUACACAGGAGUCCACGAGGGCGAACACCUGUACGCCAACCCAGGGAAAAAACGCGGAGGGCUGUGGUACACCUACAUACUCAGCCUGGUGUUUAAAGCUGGCUUUGAUGCAGGCUUCCUCUACAUUUUGUACGUCGUUUAUAAAUUCGACAUGCCAAACGUCACCAAAUGCACUGUGGAUCCUUGUCCAAAUACAGUGGACUGUUACAUCUCACGUCCUACAGAGAAGAAAAUCUUCACUCUCUUCAUGGUGGUCACUUCUUCGGUGUGCAUCUUCAUGUGUAUCUGUGAGAUAUUCUAUCUGGUGAUCAAAAAAGUUCGCAAGUAUCUGCGCAAACAGCAGGAACUUAUGGCAAAGCCCAAUUACAUAAGGGUGGAUCCUACAGCUUCAUCAAACCAGAAUCUCAGCAACUUUAAAAAGGCGAAGGCGGCAACUGGGGAGAAGGACUGAGAACCGGUGUACUUAUGGUCAGACUCAAUCUAGCACAAUGAACACCGAUAAGACACAGCAGAUCUUGGUAAUAAUAUAGAUAUUUCAAUGGUACGAUUUUGUUCUGGUAAAUAAUCAUUUAAAUGGAAAAUGAUAAGUCAUUAGAGUGGGCUACUCUUAAGUCUGAGCUCAUCCACAAAAUACUGGUAAAAGACACUAGAGAGCUGGACUGCACUGAACUUGGUUAGCUUUUUGUGUGUGUGUGUGUGUGUGUAUUAUUGUAAUAUUGUUUACGUAAAUCAUGUUUUCAAAAGCAAGAGUGUCCUAGGCUAUUUGUCCUGUAUACUGUGUUUGUCCUUGUUUAUGCUGUGUUUGUCCUUAGUAUUUAAUAGUACAUAAAUCAGCAAUAAGUACUCCAUAUCUGUCCAUAUUUUAUUUCGAAAUAUCACAGUUGCAAUUCACAGGAAUCUGACAAGAUUUACAUUUAUUAAACGUAUAUAAUUAAGUAAACUGGCCAGUGUUUUGUUGAAGAGUCACAGAUAUCCUGAUUCAAUUCAGAUGCGUAUUCAAAAUAUGUAAACCGUAUGUUCUCCAUAACAAAGGUUUCCUGAUCUGACCUUUUAUGAUAGUAAGUGCACAAAGUUGUCACGUCUUUAAAGGGGGCAUAACACACAGUUUCACUCAAUCUCAUGUUAAUCUUGAGUGACUAUAGAGUAGCACUGCAUCCUUCAUAUCUCCAAAAAGUCGUUUUAUCAUAAUUAUAAAUUGAAGGUACAGCUUUACAAUUCUCUCAGAAAAAAAGGCGUGCCGACUGGGCGGAGCUAAAGAAUAACGAGCAUUUGAGCACCAAUCACUAACAAAAAACAGACUUAAUGUGGUUUCAUUUCCCGCCUGCAGUUCUGAAUCAUGACCGGGAUUUUUUUAUUGCUGGGACAGCGCAAUCUUUCAGUAUCAAACAAUGUGCAAAUACAGCGUCAAACUGGGCCUAGUUUUUUUAAAUGUCAAAUAAACAAACUUAUGAAACUC